CUUUCACAAGAGAAUAGCUGCAAUAUUUAAAAACAAAUUUCUAUCAUUAAAUAAUUAUAAACAGAGUUUUAACCAGUUUAAAGAAUUCAAUGAUAGCCUUCGAUGUCCUUCAUUAAAAUGCAUCGUUUGUACGAAAAGUGAGUUAUAUAACCUCUUCAAAAUCCGGCUAUAAGACAUUUCCAUCUGGCAUUUACUGUUGAGUGAAGUGUUUUUUUACUUUAUCGAGAUUUAAAGUCUGGUUUCUUUAUACACAUAUUUCUGCGCUGGUCUAGUCAGUAAUUCGUACGUCGACAAUGUUUCGAGUGUUAAUGUCUUUGCGUUCUCAGGCUUGCAAAGCGGCCUUUGUAACAAUACCAAGUUUGGUGAAAACUAAGAAUCCAACAUUGGUAGAAAAUGCACGUAGCAUUUGUAUUAGUUCAAAGCUUUUCUGCUGUCGACCUGUGGUUCAGAAACCUGCUCCUGAUUUCUCUGGAACCGCAGUAGUCGAUGGGGACUUCAAAGAAAUAAAACUAAGCGACUACAAAGGGAAAUAUGUUGUUCUUUUUUUUUAUCCUCUAGAUUUCACAUUUGUAUGUCCCACUGAAUUGAUAGCAUUCAGUGAAAAGAUUUCAGAGUUUAAAGCUUUGAAUACACAAGUGAUUGGAGUUUCAACAGAUUCCCAUUUCAGUCACUUGGCAUGGGUCAACACGCCAAGAAAACAGGGUGGCUUGGGUGGCAAUUUGGGCUAUCCUCUCCUUAGUGACUUUAAAAAAGAAAUAUCAAAUAAAUAUAAUGUCCUUCUUGAAGAUGGAAUUGCUUUGCGAGGACUUUUUAUCAUAGACAAAGAAGGAAUUCUCAGACAACUUAGUAUUAACGAUUUGCCAGUGGGUAGAAGCGUGGAUGAAACUUUGAGGCUUAUCAAGGCUUUCCAGUUCGUUGAAAAACACGGAGAAGUCUGUCCUGCCAAUUGGCAGCCAGAGUCCAAGACCAUCAAACCGACUCCAAAGGAUAGCAAGCAGUACUUCGAAACAGUGAAUUAAGCAUCGAAUGUAAAAUUUUAUACAAAGUACAGUGUAUUAUAAUAUAAGUAAAAUGCUAAUAUAAAUCCCUCGAUAAUAAUUGUAGAAAAUACUUGAUUAUUUGCGAAUAAAUAAUUUCUGGUAAUCCCAAGUAA